AUGGUCAUUUGCCAGGCAUCCCGAGUGGAAAUGGAAAAAGACGAGUUGCUCAAUCUUCACCGUUCAAUCGUCGACAGUAAUUUCAAGCUCAAUGAAGGGCUUCGAAUGGCGUUGCGAAAUGCUGCAAUGGAGUCUCAGCAGAAUGAGGCUUUCUUAAAAGCUGUCCACCAAUUACAGCAACAGUUGACGGCUAGUAUAGAAAAGAGCCAGUCUACCUUUCAAGAUACAUUCAGCAAAAUUUUACACGAUGUUCAAGUGGGCGUUCGCUCUGCUUUCAGUGGUAUUACCUCAUCUUUGAGCGUUAUGGGAAAGGAUAUGGCCGCUCUUGAAAAGAAUGUCCACAACAUCACUUCCCAAGUCCACAGCCUAAAAAGCUCACUCGGAGAAAUACAUAAAGACGCAAUCGGUCUGAGCAAGGAGCUGUUUCAGGUGCAACAAGAAAAUUCUCUCGCGCACCAGGAUUUAACAUUGGGGCUUCGCCGAUCCCUCGAGUCUUUGCUAAGCAGAGACCUUGUCAUGAUAUUCCAGGCCAUGCACGAAUUUAAUAACUCUCUGGAAUGGCUUGGCAGUCGACUAAAUGAAGUCUCGGAACGAGAGGCCAAAGUUGCAGAGCGACUCAAAGCGGUUAAUCAAGACAUGAAGAAGUCCGAAGAAAAGGCCCAAGAUCUACAUAAGGCUCAAAAACUACAAGCUGAUGCUCUUAUCGCCCAUGCAAAAACACAGGGAGAGCUUCAAGCGACCGCGAAGAUCUCUCAAGAACUGGUCGAGCAGACGUCAAUGGCGGCAGCGCAUCUCCAUUCCAUUCUCGAAGAUGCCGCUCUAAAGGCUCAGCGAUUGCCUGAUUUUCGCAUCGGGGGGUUCAACACUUGGACACUCUGUUUUAUCAUAGUUAUCACCAUCACUGCUAGUCGCAGCCCGAUUGUCGCGACUGGGAUUCUUUUUACUUUCGUCGGUCACUGGAUCGCGAGAGCAAUCUUGCCGUACCUGGGUGCUAUUAUCCCCCAUCAUUAG